UCUCGCUGUUUCUAUCAAAUAAAUAAAAUCUUAAAAAAAAAAAAGUGCAUUUCUGAGACUGCCUUGCCUCUGUUUUGAAUGAUUGUGUUUUCCUUUACAAAGGGCAGAGUGACUUUUGGGCUAAGUGCUCAGCUGGUGUUUUGCUGCUUUCUGCAAGGAUCUGGAAAAUAAUGGUUCUUUUAAGGUCAGUUGUUAUUUUCUUUAUCAUAUGAAGAAAAAAUAACACCUUUAGAAACCUAUUGAUAGCUUUAAAUGAUCUUCUUGAAUAGUAGUUCUCUGUUGGCUUCAUCCAAAAAUGGAGGAGGGAACCUCCCCUCACAGGCUCACUGUAAGAUUCAAUUGAGAUACUAGUGUGAAAACACUGAAAACUAGACUUAAGAGGAAUUGAGUUAAUCUAGGAUUACUUAUCAGUGUCUUAGUAACUGAAAGUCUAAAAUGUGUUUUGUCUACCAACUUACUCCAUGUGCACAGUUAAUCUAAGGCUCCACUUUUCAACAAAUGGAGAAAGAUUAAUUUCUUUAUGGAUCAUAGUAUGGGAUGAAACAUAGUCCAUUCUAACUGUCAGGAAGUGAGCGAGCAACAUUGUUUUUGAAACCAAUGUGAUUUUGACUUAGUCAUUUAAACAUCAGAUGUACCAUUUUUAGUUUCAGGUGCCAUAAUUUGUGUUAGAAUUCUGCAGAACGUGCAGUUCUUUGGCUAAAUAAGAGAAAUAAAUGUGCCAUGUGUUUGUUUUAAGAUGAAAUCUGAACAUUUUCAAUCUGAGCAGCGUUCUAUUUUUGAGACAAGAUUCUCUCUCUGUAUGAAACUUGAUGAAAUACGGUUUGUGCUAUUGUUUGUUAUCAGCAUUUGGCUAAUAUCUGCGUAAAAGGAAAGUGGGGUACUCAUAUGCUGACUGUGUGGUUUUCUCUCAUAAAUUGGGACCAGUGGUUGAAUUUUUUAAAGAGCUUCAGAUGAAUCCGACUUCAUCUCCACUUUACUUGCGUUCUGGUAUUGCCUGUGUUGAUUGAGCGUGUUAAAGCUUGACAUCAUGAUUCAAUCAUUUUCUGAUUUUGCAAUAAUUCAAAGUGGAGCGGAAGCAUCAUGAGAGAAUCAUGCCAGUUUUCUUAAGGUCUGACACACCCACGUUAAUUUACAGUCUUGUUCUAAGGAUGCACCAGGAAGUACACACACAGCUCAGUGAGACAUCUGAAGGGACUUGGCUGCCUCCUGUCCUUUUCCUGUCUCCUCCCUUUGUUUUCCAGAUGCAUCAGCAGAUGGCUGUUCAAAGCUCUAAAUUUGUACCUUGGGCGACCUUUAGCCUGGAGAAGGGCAAAUUUCUUGUGAGGGUGGACUUCCAGGCCAUCACAAGGAGGUCUUUUGUUGUCUUAAGUAAACUUUUCUUUGGAUGUUCCUUCUGAGGUUUAAAUAGAGUAGCUUUUCUUGGGACUAUAACAAAUUUGAAGGUGAGUGAGACAGACCUGGAGAAUGCUCCAGGAUCGUUUGAAUCCUGUGGUGUACUUGCACUGAGGGUUGGCUUUGAAAGAAGUUUUCAGGCUUUGAUUCCAGUUGUCAGGCUGCCUGGCAGAGGAGGCAUUAUCUUUGGAAAUCAGGCAGUCCUGGGUUUGAGUUCUACUUCUGCUGUAUGUGAGCAGAGCUUACCGCACAGAGCUGUUAGCAUUUAACGAGGUCCUGUAUAUACACAGCCCAUGACUGAUCGUGGACCUAACAGGUGCUCGAUAAAUGAAUGCUAUGAACCUACCCCCGGACAAAGCCAGGUUACUGCGGCAAUAUGAUAAUGAGAAAAAGUGGGAACUGAUUUGCGAUCAGGAACGAUUCCAGGUGAAGAAUCCUCCCCAUACAUACAUUCAAAAGCUCAAAGGCUAUCUGGAUCCAGCUGUAACCAGGAAGAAAUUCAGACGGCGUGUUCAGGAAUCCACACAAGUGCUAAGAGAACUGGAAAUUUCUUUAAGAACCAACCAUAUUGGAUGGGUCAGAGAGUUUCUGAACGAAGAAAACAGAGGUCUUGAUGUUCUAGUGGAAUAUCUAUCGUUUGCGCAGUACGCGGUCACUUUUGAUUUCGAAAGCGUGGAAAGCACUGUGGAGAGCUCAGUGGACAAAUCAAAGCCCUGGAGUAGGUCCAUCGAGGAUCUGCACAGAGGGAGCAACCUGCCCUCCCCCGUGGGCAACAGUGUGUCCCGCUCAGGAAGACAUUCUGCACUGCGAUAUAAUACUUUGCCAAGCAGAAGAACCCUGAAAAAUUCAAGAUUAGUGAGUAAGAAAGAUGACGUACAUGUCUGUAUCAUGUGUUUACGUGCCAUCAUGAAUUACCAGUAUGGUUUCAACAUGGUCAUGUCUCAUCCACAUGCUGUCAAUGAGAUCGCACUGAGCUUGAACAACAAGAAUCCAAGGACAAAAGCCCUUGUCUUAGAACUGUUGGCAGCAGUUUGUCUUGUCAGAGGCGGGCAUGAGAUCAUUUUAUCAGCAUUUGACAACUUUAAGGAGGUUUGUGGGGAAAAACAGCGCUUUGAGAAGUUGAUGGAACAUUUCAGGAAUGAAGACAAUAACAUAGAUUUUAUGGUGGCCUCGAUGCAGUUUAUUAAUAUCGUAGUGCAUUCAGUAGAAGACAUGAAUUUCAGAGUUCACCUCCAGUAUGAAUUUACCAAGUUAGGCCUGGAUGAAUACUUGGAUAAACUGAAGCACACGGAGAGCGACAAGCUCCAGGUGCAGAUUCAAGCUUACCUGGACAACGUGUUUGAUGUGGGAGCUCUGCUGGAAGAUGCUGAGACCAAGAAUGCGGCCUUGGAGAGGGUCGAAGAGCUGGAAGAAAACAUUUCUCAUUUGUCUGAAAAACUGCAAGACACGGAGAAUGAAGCCAUGUCCAAGAUUGUGGAACUGGAAAAGCAGCUCAUGCAGAGGAACAAGGAGCUGGAUGUUGUUCGAGAGAUCUACAAAGAUGCAAAUACCCAAGUUCACACAUUAAGGAAAAUGGUCAAAGAAAAAGAAGAAGCCAUUCAAAGACAGUCUACUCUGGAAAAAAAGAUUCAUGAACUGGAGAAACAAGGGAGCAUUAAAAUUCAGAAGAAAGGGGAUGGGGACAUAUCCAUACUGCCAGUCGUGGCCUCUGGCACAUUGUCCACGGGGUCAGAAGCGGCAGUGGGUAACUUUAUGGGACCAGUAAUGGGGGUCGCCUCCUCGGGCCUGCCCCCUCCUCCCCCCCCACUACCUCCAUCGGCAGACACGCCUGAAGCAGUGCAAAAUGGUCCAGUAACGCCACCCAUGCCGCCACCGCCCCCACCCCCACCCCCUCCCCCGCCUCCUCCCCCACCACCCCCUCCUCCCCCUCUGCCAGGCCCUGCAGCUGAGACUGUGCUGGUUUCUCCUUUACCACCCCCUCCUCCUCCCUCUGCACCCCCGCUGCCCGGGACGUCCUCGCCCACAGUGGUUUUCAACUCAGGAUUAGCAGCUGUGAAAAUUAAGAAGCCAAUCAAGACGAAAUUCAGAAUGCCAGUUUUUAACUGGGUUGCCCUGAAACCAAAUCAGAUCAAUGGCACGGUCUUCAACGAAAUUGAUGACGAGCGAAUCCUGGAGGAUUUAAAUGUGGAUGAAUUUGAGGAAAUAUUUAAGACAAAAGCCCAAGGUCCUGCCAUUGAUCUUUCUUCAAGCAAACAGAAGAUAACACAGAAGGGAUCCAACAAAGUGACAUUACUAGAAGCAAAUAGGGCCAAAAAUCUUGCCAUAACUUUAAGGAAAGCUGGAAAGACCGCCGAUGAGAUAUGUAAAGCUAUACAUGUAUUUGACUUGAAGACAUUGCCUGUAGACUUUGUAGAAUGUUUGAUGAGGUUCUUGCCAACUGAGAACGAGGUGAAAGUGUUUCGGCUCUAUGAGCGGGAAAGGAAGCCCCUGGAGAACUUGUCAGAUGAAGACCGGUUCAUGAUGCAGUUCAGUAAAAUUGAGAGGCUCAUGCAGAAGAUGACCAUCAUGGCCUUCAUUGGGAACUUUGCGGAGAGCAUUCAGAUGCUGACUCCUCAACUGCACUCAAUUAUAGCAGCAUCUGUCUCUAUAAAGUCAUCCCAAAAACUCAAGAAAAUUCUGGAGAUCAUCUUGGCCCUUGGAAACUAUAUGAAUAGCAGUAAACGAGGAGCAGUUUAUGGAUUUAAACUUCAGAGUUUAGAUCUGCUCUUAGAUACAAAGUCAACAGACCGAAAGCAAACACUGUUGCACUACAUUUCAAAUGUGGUAAAAGAGAAAUAUCACCAAGUGUCCCUGUUUUAUAAUGAGCUUCACUAUGUGGAGAAAGCUGCUGCAGUCUCCCUCGAGAAUGUUUUGCUGGACGUCAAGGAGCUCCAGAGGGGCAUGGACUUAACCAAGAGGGAGUACACCAUGCAUGACCACAACACACUGCUGAAGGAGUUCAUCCUCAACAAUGAGGGGAAGCUGAAGAAGCUGCAGGAUGAUGCCAAGAUUGCACAGGACGCUUUUGAUGAUGUGGUGAAGUAUUUUGGAGAAAACCCCAAGACGACACCACCCUCUGUCUUCUUUCCCGUCUUUGUCCGGUUUGUGAAAGCCUAUAAGCAAGCAGAAGAGGAAAAUGAGCUGAGGAAAAAGCAGGAACAAGCACUCAUGGAAAAACUCCUGGAGCAGGAAGCUCUGAUGGAGCAGCAGGAUCCAAAGUCUCCUUCCCACAAAUCAAAGAGGCAGCAGCAAGAAUUAAUUGCAGAAUUAAGAAGGCGACAAGUGAAAGAUAACAGACAUGUAUAUGAAGGCAAAGAUGGUGCCAUUGAAGACAUUAUCACAGAUCUUAGAAACCAACCAUACAGACGAGCCGAUGCGGUGAGGAGAAGUGUCAGGCGGCGCUUUGAUGAUCAGAACUUGCGUUCUGUUAAUGGUGCCGAGAUAACCAUGUGAACCUGAGACCUGCCUGUAUGAGUAGAGAGUAUGCGUGAAUGAAACUUUCCACAUGAACUUUACGUGCUACCAUUUAACUGCAACCUUGAACAUUGACAAAAUAUUCUAAGGGCUCAGAUUUAGCAAACACAUAGGAAUUUAAAAAUGAUGGGCUCUCCUUUCAACCUGUGUUAACAAGUGCCUAAAAGUGGAAGUACCUGCUCAGAUUAAUCAAAGCAAUAGGGUUUGAUUUGAUUAGGUAUCUUUUUACCAGUAUAUUAUCCAAUUUUUUAACCAAAAUGUAAAUCUCGUAUUACACUCGUUAUCUGCCAUUGUGAUUGUCCCAUGAUGGCACACCCUGGUUUCCUGAUAAGUUGUAAAUAACAUGGAUGCAUCUGCUGUGGGUUUCCUUUGCUGAGAGCUCUUUUAAGGAAUUGCGUUUGAGUUUUAGACAUACCCAUCAACUUUGUCUUUUUAAGGGCUUGCAACAUGGAAGAAGGAAAAAGUCACAUAAGCUCCUGUCCAUAACCAAGCCCCAGCAGAGUACAAACAGGAUGCAUUGCAGUGGCAAAGAAGUCACUCAGCUGUGUCUCGUUUUACAUUCUACACUGCUAUGCUAGGGUAUGAUGCCCCGUGAGAGUUCACCAGUAUGAAAGCAAGGGUAUGAUGGCAUACAAAUUUGUGUAAGAUUUUUUUGCAGUACUGUUCUUCAGCUAGAGGCAGCUUUUAAAAUAAUAAUGCAAAUGUAUUUAUUAGCACUAAAAUUAACAUCUCAGUAAUCAGUAUUAGGAUUUCUGAGACCAUUAUGGGCCUAUCCUGAGAACAGAAAUUGGUGCCUUGCUAGCCAGGGAGAAGUUCACUAGCUCUAUCAAGCAUUCAAGAUUACUUCUGCUAGCUAGUAGUGAUAGUUAACCUAGCCUUAUUCUCCUGACAAUCGCAGGUCCCCACCCCCACUUCUUCCUCCUUUUGUAAAUCGGAGAUGUAUUUAGCAUCAUUGCUUUAUGGGGAAUUGCAAUUAAAUUGCUUGAAAUAUUCACAUUGGGAUUAAGCUUAAAUGGUAUGUAAUGGGACUAAAUGGCCAACUAAGCCACUGUUAUUUUUCCUUCCUCUCUGGCAGGGCACUUGAUCCAUUCCAAAGUCAAAAACUGGACUAAAGCCGAUUUGUACUUUUCAUAAUAAACAUUCUGCUUCUGGCUUACCUUCUUGGUACAUUACAUCAAUAUAUUAAUUGUAAAGUUUAUUGUAUAGUAUUUAACCACUGAAUUUCUUAUUUUAUGUUGUGCUUAUGUGAACUCCUUGGUGAAGGUCCCAUUUUCCUUGGAUAAUGUGUAGUUAUAUGAUCUCUUUUUAAAUGUACAGAUAUUUUGCUAUAAAAUUGGUGCAGUUUUUUAUGGUUUUUACACUUUAAUUCCCACCUUAGCCUCUGGGUAAUAUUGUAAAUAUUGUUUAAAAAUGCAUCAGCCUGUGCUAUACAAUCUGAAUGUUAUUUUAACUUAUAGUUUUUUUUUUUUUAAUAUAUAUAUUUAACUACAAGGAGAGCUUAGGGAUCAGUUACAUUUCACUUUAGCAUACCUAUUUACAAAAAAAUUACUUUUAAAACUGCCACCUGCUAGCACAUUUUCUUGAAUGUGUACUUUAAAAAGAACAUGCCAAGAUUUUGUCUGUUAACAUUGAUUUUGAUGAAAAAAGCAAUUUGACCAUGAUACACGAGUAGUUGGCCCUUUAUGACAAGCAGCUGUUUUCCAAAGCUCAAUGCUAAUAAGCAUAUAUUAAAAUAAUUGCAUAUUUAUUAAUCAAAUAGACAAUAAUGUUGGCAUGUUCUUUUCUGUUUAUUAAUGGGCUUGCUUCUUAGCAAUAUUAGAAAUGUUUUAUAAAAAAGCAGUUCAUGUUACUUUUCUGGUCUUUUCAUGACAUAUGAGCAAAUAAACUAUUUACACUACUAUUCUGUAA